AUGCCACCUGUUAUGCCGUGGCGACAUGGGGGUGUGGAGGUAUUCCCGCUGUCACCUUCUGUCCUGCAGUCACAGGGGGUGAAAAGGGCGUGUGGACAGGCACGCUGGGCCGAUAAGGGGGACCACGAUGCCGAUACCUCUGUUGGGCAUCACCACGGCGACACACUUGCAUCCGGACAGCAGGAAGUUCUGAGUGGUACCAUCACACAGGGACACAUCUCCACAGGUCACGGCCACCGAGGGUCGUUGCAGUGGACAGGGGGCGGCAGCGAAGAGGACAGCCUGGCGACGCAGCUGCAUCACUUCCUGGCCAGUCUGACCAAGAGUCGUGGGUUCUACGCCAACCUUGCGGAAUCGCUCUGUUCCGAUGAGAGCUUCGCAGAAACGAGAGACACGGCCGACUGUUGGAACGGCCAGCGUAUCGGAGAAUACACGAAGACAGUAGUGGCAGCCACUGUAGAUGCCCAGAAGUACAACCCAGAGCUGACCUGGACUCAGAGGAGUCCUGAUCCUAGGAUUGCUCAGCUCAGUGACAAGCUCAGACAUAUCAGACAGGUGGUGCUGAGUCAGCUAACUCUGGCACCUGAGUCAGAUUCAUACCUUCGAGAUGAGGAAGGAAGUGGCAGUGGACAUCCGCCAGUGACACAGUGGAUUGAUGAUGGGGAACCAGAAGAUCCUAACUGGCCUGAUGAGGGCUCUGCAUCUGGAGACAGUCCGUUACCACCAGUCCUUACAGGAGAAGAAGAGAAAAAUCCAAUGUUUCAUGCUCCAUCACCUAAUGAUAAUAGCAUACUUAUUGGCUCCGGAUCAGGUACUGGUGCUGCUUCUGCGAAACCCAUCAUGCAGUCAUGUGUUGUGCUGGUUGCAACUGUGCUCCUUGGCAGGAUUAAUCUUGUAUUACUGAAUGGAUAAAACUCUCACCUCCAGCAGGUGCUAGUACACACAUUUCUUACUCAUGGCAAAUUAUAAGGAGAGGAAGAAGAAACAAAGAAGAAAUUGAAAGAAAAGCUUAUAACAUGUAAAGUGUUCAAAAAUAAAAAAGCAGCAAAAAUGAGGUAUCUAUUAUUAUAAUAUAAAACAAAUAAAAAUAAUAGUGGAUUGGUUCAAUUCUAGCUAGGUUUGUUAACCUAUUGGAUGGGAGUUUACGUAAUCAAAUGUUUUGGGCAAGUGUGAGUGAAGUGAACGGAAGGAACAAGAUACACAUGUGAUUUAUUAUGGGUGAAGUUACAUAUUAUGGGCCUGGUGAUCAGAAUGUUAACCAGGCUCAGUAGUUGGAUCCUUGGUGAAGGCGUUUUUCAUGGGUGUUGUAGUAGUGUUAUCUUAAAAAAGAAAGGUGUCAUAUUCUUCAGAGAUGUUAUUUUUAUCUUUUUCUUGCAAGAGGAUAAAAUACCAUAUAAAAAUUAUCUGGAUGGCUGUGAAGAACGUGUACAUAGUUGCAGUUUUUGACAGCUGCUGCACAACCAGUAUUUGUUGAAAUUUUUAGAUGUGAGAUAUGACACCUUUGGAAGAUAACUUGUCUCAACAAAAUUUUGGAUAUUAUUGUAUCAUAGCAGCUUGAAUGUUUUUAUUAUGAUACAGAAUUAUGCUUAUGAAUGGUUUCAAAAGCAGGCAAGUUGCUUAAGUCAUUGGCUGAUGAAAUAUUGGUUUCUGUUUAUUUGUUAAAAUUAUUUUUAAUAUUUUCUGUGGGAAGAAAUAUUGAUUUAUUCCUCUGAUUCACCACUGCAUAAUGCCUCCUCAUUUAGGUAUAGGCAACUUUCAUUGAGAUAAGAAUCAUGAGUCUCCAAAGAAAUGUGGGAUUUUCCUAACACAUUUCUUUUAAAUGUAUACAAGUAUACUGGAAUGAUCCAUGCUGUGUUCAUAGCAUCAUGGAUAAAACCGUUUGCAUCAGUGGUUGACUCCAUUUCUAACCUUCAUGCUAUAUGUCAGUUAAGGGCAUAACUGUUCCUUUCACUUCCCUGUUUUUCUUGGCAUAUUUUCUUUUCCCCAUAUGUUUCUUCCCAUUUCUUGCAACUUCCUUGGGAACAUCAGCUUUACUUUAAUGAUGCUUGGUAUAAAAUAUAUAUUUUACAAAAUAAUUCAAACAAAGAAAUUAAGAGAACUUCAUUUAUACAGAUGGCUGGGCAUUAAUAAUUUCUUUGUUAGAGGUAAACAAGUGAACUGGGGUUGUUACAACCUAGCAUUGUUCUUUCUUUAAUAUAUUUCUUCAGAUGAGUGAAUAAAUUAUACUAUUGUAAAGAAGAGAAAAUUAUGGACAAGUUUUAAAACAAUAAUAAUUUCCAUUUUCUAAUAAAAAAUACUAUCUCCUUUGUGUGAUCAAAUUGGGAUAUAUGCAUGAAUUUUUUAAAGCUGUUCAGAACAGGUUCAGUGAUUGUGUGAAAGAUGUGUAUAUGUUUGAAUGUUUAGUUUUGUUAUUUCUUAAUUUGUGACUUGCAUAUUUUAUUAAUUGUUCAUUUGAAUAAUACAACAGCUGUCACUUUAUUGUGGAAGGGCAUCUGGAAGGUAACACAGACUUGAUUUCAGCAUCCUUGAAACCAAAUACAUUUAACAAAGCACUUCAAAGAAUUAAAUAAAUACUCUUUUAUUAGUUAUUUCUUUAGUGUGUACAUUUAAGAAACUUCUCUAACUGAUCAGUACAGGAGAAUUAAAAAUUAAUUUCACAAUUGAAUUAUAAAAUUUUGUUAAUGUCCAAUGUUUAUUUUUGAAAUAUUUUAUUUAUUUUAUCUUCACCCCAGGAUGUAACAUUUUAGUUUUUUACAUUAGUUGAAACAAGCGUGUGUGGAGCAAGCAAAGUUUUAUGAAUUUGAUGAUUAUGUCAUACAAGUCACUAUGAUGCUACCAUUAAUCUGUUGUGAAUAGUUUGACAGGAAAUUUCAACAAAUUAGUUAUUUCAAUUACAUACCAAUAAAUUUACAUUUUUUUAGACAACUUCUACAAUUUAUAAAUAUUAUUAUGAACACACUGUCUCUUAGUUAAAUUUCCAAAACUGUGUAUGAGUUUCAGUGGAGCUUUCCUGAUCUGUGACAAAGAUUUUGUUAAGUUCGGAUGUUAACAUGGGACUGAUGAAUAAUGAAAUGGAUAAGUGAUGCACACAUGAGAUUACCAAAUUCACAACCAGUCCGUGACAGUUGAUAACACUAGCUGUAUGUCAAGACAGACUGAUAGAAAAUGUAUUUGGAUUCAGUAACUUUUACUCAUGUUUUCUAUUUCUGAUAUGAAACCAUUUUAGCAGCCAUCUCUUAAUUUCUUUUUAAAUUGAGUACAUGCGUUCUGCAUAUAAAAAGGCUGUUAAAGUUAGAAUUUACCAGUUAUAUUGUACUAGGUAGUAAGAACCAUGUACUUUCAGAAUACCAAGCUAUACACAUAAUUUAGGUUUUUAAUUUAGAAACUGAAAUUAUGAAACUGGAGUUUCUGUAGUGUCUCUGAGAUGCCAGAAUGCAAUAGUUAUUUCUAUUCUGGUAACAGAGCCAGUUGAAACUACUGCCAUUCACCUGAACAUUCUCAUGUCAUUAUAACAGACAUCAGAAUUUUGUUGGUUUCUGAGGUCUUCAGUGUGUAAUGCCAUAUAGUCAAGUGAAAGUGAGGCAGCUAUGAGGGUUGUACUGAAAGUCAUGAGCAACAAUAUUUUGUGAAGUAACAU